GCAAAAGACAGACAUGUGCUGAUGUUACACACUUCCGUUUUGCAUGCUUUGGCUUAACGAAGAGACUGCCUAUUGGCUUCAUCACAUUACCCAUAAUGGAUGUAGUAACAACUCGACACACUUUUUCGUCGACACACGAAUAGUCCUCUCAGAGGCAUCAUUUUUCAGUUUUCAUAUAAACAGAAGUAGGAUUGUUCGAACGGCCACAUUUGCGAUGAGGUCCACUGGAAACAGCGCGUCGGCCCUCGGCCAAGGAUCACACCCGCCAUCAACUACUGAUUGCGGUAAUUAUAAAGUUGUUCUCCCUCGUCUACAGUCUGGCAACACCAUCCUAAAUUCAGUUUUCCUGCAUGCGGACCUGGCAGGGCGGCCGUAUCGGGCCACGGACUUUCAUGAUGCACUCCUUUCAGUGCUAAAUGCAACUGAUAUCCUCGGCGCUGGACAAUACCAGAUGAGCCAUCUGUGGUUAGUCACAUGUGUUAACAGCAUCGCGAAACAGAAACUUGUCGGCAAAUGCGAGUUGUUGGUGAAGGGCCUCAAGUGCCUUGUCAUAGACCCGGAAUGCAAAAACAUCAAGAUGGAGCUUCUUUGGCUUCCCCCACACCUCAAACAGAGACGGAUUGUUGAAGCGCUAGAGCCAUAUGGCACAGUGCAGUCCAUCACGAGAGAAAUGUGGCGGUGUGACGGCAUGGAAGGCUGGCAAAUGACUAAUCGAGACGUAGUGUUCACAUUGAAAGAUGGAGUUUCUGCCAGUAAUCUGCCACAUCUACUGAGCAUAUACGGCCACCAGUGCCUUAUCUUGGUUCCUGGUCGACCACCACUAUGCCUCCAGUGCAACAGAGUUGGGCAUAUCCGGCGACAAUGUAGAACACUGCGCUGCAGUAACUGUCACCGCUAUGGUCACCGUGCAGAUGCAUGCAUCGGAACCUACGCUGACAAGCUUCGUGGAAAUAGACCAGCUGAGGAUGAUACCAUCACCGAUCAUCUAAUGGACGUGAGCGAAGUUGUGGAUGCAACUGGUGAAACACUCCCCGAGACUUAUCGUCAAGAACAGAUUAAGCCAUCAUCGGCUGACAAUAGCCUUAGCCAGAAGCCUGCGAGCGAGGAUGAGACUAAGGCGCCUGACGAUGAACCAACUGUGUCAUGGGCAGAAUCGCCACCAGUUCAAGGUCGCCCACCGUCAGUGAAAUCUGGAUUGAUGUGCGAGGCCACUAAAAGCGUCCAGCACCAUCUGACAAUCCAUCGCCCUUGGGAAAAGAGGCUCACGUUCCCGAAGUGUCAAAACUGCUCCGGGGAACACCUAGCCCUGCAGAUGUCCCUUGUGUUAACGUGCACCAGAAGGUCCAUAGUGCAUCACCUCAUCAAGAAGGGAGUGGUGCACCUCUGGAGCAGCGUUUAAACGCUGCACCUACAUAGGUAAUCAUGGCGGGCGCUCAUCCCUUUCAUUUUGUUAUUUUGGUACUUUAAAUGUCCGUGGCUUAUAAAGUAAGCGACGGCAA